AGAUUGACAGCUCGCCGCGCCGCGCUUCAGUAGAAGAAGACAACUCCCGUGGAGGAGCAGCCGCGACCCGCGUCCACAGACGAACUUUCCCUUGUUUCCUCGGAUUUCAACCCCGUACUUUCACGCGAGUUUACCGGCGGGGCGCUCGGUUUGGACCGCAUGAGGACGUGCGGGGUAUGAACGCGGCGCGGACGCCCCAAACAAAGUAGAAGAGGAGGCAGAGCUGCGCGCUCGAUGGCUGCGGGGGAUGGAGCCCUGCCGGCCACCGUAGCGGCCAGCCGGAGCGUGGAGAAGGCGCUGGAGGAGGCUGCGGCGAGCGGGGCUCUCAACUUGUCCACCCGCAAACUGAAGGAGUUUCCCCGCAGCGCCCGCAACUACGACCUGUCCGACAUCACACACGCAGACCUGUCUAAGAACCGUCUCUGUGAGUUGCCGGAGGAGCUCUGUCAGUUCAUCUCUCUGGAGACACUGAGCCUUUACCACAAUGGGAUGCGUUCACUGUCCUCCAGCCUGGGCAACCUCCAGGCUCUGACCUACCUCAACCUCAGUCGUAAUCUCCUGUCCAGUUUACCCCCGUCGGUGUUUCAGCUUCCUCUCCUGCGAGUGCUCAUCGUCAGCAACAACAAGCUGUCUUCACUGCCCGCCUCCAUAUACUCCCUCACACACCUCCGACAGCUGGACGUGAGCUGCAAUGAGCUGCAGUGUUUGCCUGCAGAGCUCGGUCAGUUGGAGUGUCUGAGGGACUUAAACCUGAGGAGGAACCAGCUCACCACACUGCCUGAAGAAAUAUCCGAGCUCCCUCUUGUCCGGCUCGAUGUGUCCUGCAACCGCAUUUCCCACGUGCCCUUGUGCUACCGCCACUUGCGGCAUCUCCAGAGCAUCAUGCUGGACAACAACCCGCUGCAAAUGCCGCCUGCGCAGAUCUGCUCCAAGGGCAAAUACCACAUCUUCAAGUACCUCAACAUGGAGGCGUGCAAGAGGAGCCAGGAGGAGCUGGAGAGACACAUGAGACCCACUGGAUUCAACAGCUGCCUGUCAGACCAGGAGCUGUUCACUGGUCAGUUUAGUGGACUGGACUCCGGCUUCAACAGUGUGGACAGCGGCAGCAAGAGAUGGUCUGGGAAUGAGUCAGCAGAUGACUUCUCAGAGCGUUCCCUCCGCAUGGCUGAGGUCAGCAGAGACCAGAGGAACCUGGAGGAGGAGGAAGAGGAAGAGGAGGAUGGACCUCCUUUGGAAGCGAACAAAGUGAAUGGCGUGGCGGAGCAGGUGGACUUCAUUGACAGCAGUGUAACGGAGGAAGAGGAGGAGGAGAUCAGGAUGGAUCCACGCACACCUCCUCUGGAUCAGAAGGAGGGAACUUCACCGUCCCAAACCCAAGACUCAACAACAUGCAGGUCCAGCCUCCACAUUGAGGUGGUCCCCCCUUCGUCGCCCUCUUCACCUCCCAUAUCCCCCUCCAGCCCCACCCUGGAGGAGCGGAGGAGGCCGGGAACCCUGCUCAUCUGGCAGGAGAGAGAGCGGCUGCAGCAGCAGCAGCAGCAGCAGAGAGAGAAAGCCAGUUUGCUGAAGUCAUCGACCAAAACAGGAAGUCACGUGGCCACGGCACCGCAGACAGGAAGUAGCUCAGCUGGUACAUCUCCAGAGAACAACAGCUCCCUCUCCGGCCUGCGGCAGAGAUGUGCAAGCGCUGAACAGAUGAGCACAGUGCCUCCAUCAGUACUUCUACAUCGCUCCAGCAGUAGACCAGAUGUCCUGCCCUCCCCGAAGACGUCUCCUCCACUUGGUCAGAAGCAGAAACCCAACAGCUUCCUGUUCCGCGCCGCCUCCCGCAGCAAUGUCAAACCCACAGGCUCCAUCUUUACUCUGGGCGAGUCUGGCAGAAGUGAGUCUCGCACGACGCUGCGUUCCCCUAAAGAGGAGAGACAAGUCAUCACACAUCUACGCAAGACUGUGGAGUCUCGGCUGAAUAUCACUUUGCCGGAGGAUCUGAGUGAGGCCUUAUCCAACGGCACCAUCCUCUGCCAGCUGGUUAACCAGAUUCGACCACGCUCCGUAUCAAUCAUCCACAUUCCCUCCCCAGCAGUGCCAAAACUGAGUUCAGCAAAGUGUCGAGUCAACGUGGAAAACUUCAUCGCUGCUUGUCGCAAGCUGGGAGUCCCUGAGACCGAUGUGUGUACGUGCUCUGAUGUGCUUCUAUGUAAGCUGCCCGCUGUACUGCGCUGUGUGGCAGCCCUGCCGGCCGCAGAGGGGGGUGGAAUGGCGGAGGACCACUCCCCUUGCCACUCCUCGCCUUCGUCUUCAUCGUCCUCGUCCUCACUGCUGUCCACAGAUUUCCUGCUCUUCUACUGUGCGGCCAUGGCCGUGCUCUACGUCGCCUACUGCUACCUGCUCACCUAGAGGAGACACACGCGACACAGAGUACUCACAUAGUCACAGCUCUACACACAUGGUGAACACACACACACAGGCAUGGAAACAGAAAUGUGUGGGGCGGUCACAGUUGUAGUGUGUGAGGCCGACACACAGCUGCUCUCACAGCUGUCAUCUCAGACAAUACGCCACACUGUGUGUGUGUGGAUGUUAGAGCGUGUGUGUGUGUUUUCAGUACACAUACUCUGACUGUAGAGCAGAUGUCUUAAGUCCUGAGAGUGUGUGUUGGGAUGUUGGAGCCAUAUAGAGCAUGCUGCAGAGCACCUUUUAAUAGAAUACACUGCACACAGCUGUUCAUUUCAACCUUUAAAGGAAUAGAAAGCACUAAUGUGAGGGACAGAUACUGCGUGAGAGUAGAUGAACAGUGAAAUGCCUUAGCCUAGAUUAGCCUUCACUCAGUAACACUGUAACUCUUGAGGUAGAGGUGCUCAGAGGCAAAAUGGAUCUCAGUGGUCGGGACUCGAACAGGAAGAGGAAAGGAAGCACACACUCAGUCGAACCCCUUUUUACGCAGAACACCUUUAAUGCAUUUAACCAACGCCCCCUUGUAGACUACUUAAAACGUUGCAAGUUAAUAUCGUGUCACAAAUAGAUCGAUGUAUGUGAAGCAGAGAAAUGUAAAAUGACUUUGGUUCACUCUGAAACUGUUUCUCCGAUCAGCUGAGUAGACGGCCUUUCGUUGUUGCGCGGGACACGUUCACACAGCUAAAAGACCCAGACCACAUCCCAACGUGGUCUCAGACGUGUUCUCAGUGCGUCCUGCGUGCGUUCACACUUCAACUUAAAGCCGUCCACUUGUGAUCGGAUCACCUGAGAUGUAGAUAGCGGGUCUGAAGCUCUCUGUUUGUUCAGAAUGGGACGAUGAUCGUAUUUCAUACACUGACCCACGCAACCACGUGCCAACACAUGCAGGAUCCACGCUGCAGCCAUCAAGCACAUACGCAUAGUUAACUUUAAAGCUGCAUUCAUUAUUAUAACUUGCAGACAACGCAGCAAGUUGCAUUAAACACAACCUGUGACCCAUCACCUUCUAAAUCUGAACUUACGCAUUCAUAUGGAGUCACAUUUGAGUCCACCUGAUGAAUCUAAGUGUAACAUCUGCUGUUAACAUCUGCCUGACUGAACCACUAGAGCCAAGUUGUUUGCAAUGAGCUCAACGAUGCUUUAAAUUCUCGCUGUUGGUCACUUUUCACAUUCCGCGCGAUCAUUUCAUCCUUUGCUAACGUACAAAAUAUUGAGAGCUGCAGCUUUGAGGCUCAACACGGUUGUCGCGUUUUGUAAAAGGUGUUUCUAUGCAAACUGCGGUUGCGUUCAAACUUGGUUUUGACUUCCAAUGCCUGUUCUAUCAGAUAAAAUAAAAUCCUGCUUACAAAAGGAAUUGCUGAGUUCUGGGCUUGUGGCAGCAUCGUUAACCAAACGUGUAGAACAGAAUUAGUAAAAAGUGACACAUCUCAG